UUGGACAAUACCGGGGAAGCUCGUCCCCGCAGCUGCGUUCGAGGCUCCGCUCGUUGGCGAUGGCAAGUCGCUGAACUGGUCCCGCAGCUCUCAGCAGCAGCAGUACCAGCACCAUGUUCCGGAGACCCAGGCCGAGCUCGGUGAUCAGCUGUUUGAUCCUUUUGUACUUCGAGAGUGCAACAGCCAAAAAGUACUGCUGGUUUGUGAAUGCAGGAUAUCCCACUUAUUUUACGUGUCGUGCAUACGAGGACUGCUGUGGUACAAAAUGCUGCAUGCGAGCAUUCUCUAUUCAACGGUUAUGGUAUUUUUGGUUUCUAUUGAUGAUGGGGGUCCUCUUUUGUUGUGGCGCUGGUUUUUUUAUCCGGAGACGACUACAUCCUCCUCAACUGACUACUGACCCUCCAUUUACAGUGGGCUUCACUAGGCAACCUGUUAAUGCAGGUGGAUUUCAGACCACAGGGAACAACCAGACUGGAAUGCAAUAUUACACCGAACCUGGAGCACCUGUUGCUAAUCCCAUUGCCUCAACGUAUCAAAUUCAGCCAAAUUUUCCUCUACUCAAUCCAGCGUAUCCACCCCCACCAGCCUACUGCAAUCAGCCACCCCCUCCAUACGAGCAAGUUGUUAAAACCUCAAAUAAGGAAGGCGAAAGAUAAAUAUCAAGUUUCAGUAAAUAUCACUUUAUAGACUGGCAACGUCUGACCCACAGGAGAAGUUUCAGAGAGAUGCAAAUCUCUGGGCGUAAACACUUAACCACAGUUCAUCCCAGGAAUUGCAUUUAACUUUGAUGCCUUUUUCAUAGAUUAACAUACCGUAGACCCUCCAGCUUAUGUGGUCAAAGCUUUGUAAGAAAUAACAUUUUCUGUUUCAAAAAUGGGAAUCUAAGAUAGGGAAUUGUAUAAUCUUCAGUAAGUAAAAAAAAGUCUAGAUUUCUGUAGAAACUUUGUUUUAAAAAUUACUGUUGUCCUUGGAAAUGGUUUAUAAGUAAAAUUUUAAUCCUCGUUUAACUCUUUAUUUAUGGCUGUUUUGGUCAAAUUAAAAUAGAAACAAAUUGUUUAAUCAGUUUAACUGGACUUGUUUAUUAAUAAUUAAUGUAUAGUUGCUAAAAGACACUGUUAAUGUGAAUCCUUUUUAAUAGGCAUAUUGAAUUUGUCAGCCAAUCUCAGACUUCUAAAAGGUUUAUGAUAAAUGGAGGGAAUUUGCAUUGAACAAUAUGCUGUGAAUAAAUAAGACAGACAUUUAUUUUAACCGAUAAACCUUUUUCAAAAAAUUAUACAUUUAAAUUUCAGUCCUGUUCACAUACAUUAGUAUCAUAAAGGUUGCCUUUAGAUGAAAUAAGUUUUGUACAGAAAGGUUUAGAUAUAUUUUCAUGCAGAAUUCAGGUUAAUAAAGGGUAGGUAGCUAGUGAUACUGUUUCUUAAAUAUGACAUGAACCCAUCUAUAUCAUUGCAGUGAAUGGAGAAUGGUUUGGUGUUUUGAUAUUGUACUUAAAAUACAAAGGUUUGUGGAUGAGUACAUUUCAUUAAUUUGUUUCGGGUGUUUAAUGUGUUUUUAGUUUCUUAGCACCUUGCAGAAGAAUUUUCAGAGAGGUGAAUUCAGCGCUGCAAAUAGGGAGGAAAGCCUUAAAUAAUUUCUCUCAACAGUAGUUCAAUGCUGCUGUGAAAGCUGAACAACUCCAUUUUCAUUGUAAGUCAGUAAAAUUUUAAAAAAUCUCCAGAGAAGUUAUUGUUCCAAACAUUUUUAAUUUUGUCAAAGUGUCCUGCUUUAUUCAUGAAA